UCUGCUUGCUGCUGGCUGUCGCGCUCACAAGAAGGAUGUGAGCGUUCGACGUUGGAAUCUUGACUUAAGUGGAUUUUGGUUCAUGUCAGCCGGAUAAUGGGUGCGCAAAAUCGGGCGCUCAGUGUGACCAUGCUGACCACUUUAACUGUUCUUUUGUACGCGACCACUUUGGUGUGUGCGGUGGAAGAUACAGUGAUGGAUACAAGAACAGCAACGGCUGAGCUGGGCUGGAUAUCAUUCCCUGCCAAUGGCUGGGAGGAGGUGAGUGGCUAUGAUGAGAACCUCAACACCAUCAGGACGUACCAAGUGUGCAAUGUGUUUGAGCCCAGCCAGAACAACUGGCUCCUCACCACGUACAUCGACAGACGGGCGGCGCUCCGCAUCUAUGUGGAAAUACGCUUCACUGUGCGAGACUGUGCUUCCAUUCCCAGCGUCCUCGGCUCCUGCAAAGAGACGUUUAAUCUUUACUACCUAGAAACAGAUAGGCCUGUGUCAGAGGGUAUCAGAGGGGUGGAGAACUUGACAAGUGCUCCCUUCCUGAAGGUGGACACCAUUGCAGCAGAUGAGAGUUUUUCCCAAGUAGAUUUUGGUGGAAGAUUGAUGAAAGUCAACACAGAAGUGCGAAGUUUUGGCCCACUGUCAAAAGGGAAAGGGUUCCAUCUGGCCUUCCAGGAUCUGGGAGCCUGCAUGUCGCUUUUGGCUGUCAGAGUAUUCUACAAAAAAUGUCCCAGCAUUGUUCAAAACUUUGCUUACUUCCCAGAGACACUUACUGGAGCAGAAUCCACAUCACUCGUCAUUUCUCGAGGAAGUUGUAUACCCAAUGCAGAAGAAGUGGAUGUGCCCAUAAAGCUUUACUGUAACGGCGAUGGCGAGUGGAUGGUACCCAUCGGCAGCUGCAGCUGUAAACCAGGUUAUGAACCGGACAAUGGAAACUUGUGCAGAGCAUGUCCACAGGGAACCUUUAAAUCUGCCCAGGGGCCCGGAUUAUGUCAGCAAUGUCCACUGAACAGUCGCUCGACCAUUGAGGCUGCAACCCUUUGUGGUUGUCGCAAUGGUUACUAUCGUGGUGACAUGGACAAACCAGAGGAUUUAUGCACAAGUGUCCCUUCAGCUCCUCGCAACUUGGUCUCUGUGGUCAACCGGACGUCGCUGCUGCUUCAGUGGCACCCCCCACGUGACAUCGGCCAUCGUGGAGACCUGUACUAUAACGUGUUGUGCCACCGGUGUCACAGCAGUGAGCGACGGGCGUGUCAGCCUUGUGAUGACAGUGUGGCCUAUGUUCCGGGCAAGAGGGGAUUAAAACUAACCAGGGUGGAAAUCAGCAAGUUGCGUGCUCACACGUCAUACACCUUCGACAUACAGGCAAUCAAUGGUGUCUCCAACAAGAGUCCAUAUCCUGCCCAGCAAGUGUCAAUCAACAUUACAACUAAUCAAGCUGCUCCUUCUGUGGUUCCCAUAAUGCACCAAGUGAGCUCAACAAGACGCAGUUUCUCGCUGUCAUGGCCGCCGCCUGAACAUCCUAAUGGAAUAAUCCUUGACUAUGAGAUACGAUACUAUGAUCAGUCUCAGCCGUCAAUGUUGAACAGUUCAGUGGUUCAGAGCGAGACCCCCAGUGUGAUUCUGGAGGGACUGAGACCCGGGACCGGCUACAUGGUUCAGGUGAGGGCCCGCACAGUGGCCGGAUUUGGAAGCUACAGCAAGGAGAUGCUCUUCCAAACGCUCAUUGAUGAUGAAUUUAAGUCAGAUUUGGGACAGCAGCUCUCCCUGAUUGCUGGCUCCUUAGUCGGCGGUGUGUGUAUUGUCUCGUUGGUAGCUAUCGCCAUCAUUUGUGUCAGGAGGAGGCAGUUGAAAGAGAGUGUGUAUGGAGACAAGCUGCAACAGUACAAUGCAGGAGGAGAGGUGACUCUGAGACCUGACAUGUUCAGUGGUCCUACCCCCACAGUGACCUUCCCCACCAUGUCAGACGGUCACAGUUCACCAGGGGUGAAGAUAUACAUCGACCCUUUUACCUAUGAAGACCCCAAUGAGGCUGUCCGAGAGUUUGCCAAGGAAAUUGACUCUUCGUGCGUCAAAAUUGAGGAAGUCAUCGGCUCAGGUGAAUUUGGAGAGGUGUACAAGGGCCGCCUGAAGCCUUCGGGGAAAAGAGAAAUUCUUGUUGCUAUCAAGACUCUGAAGGUGGGCUACUCUGAGAGGCAGCGGCGAGACUUUCUGGCUGAGGCGUCAAUCAUGGGGCAGUUUGACCAACCCAACAUCAUCAGGCUGGAGGGAGUCGUGACCAAGAGCAGGCCCACAAUGAUCAUCACAGAAUUCAUGGAAAAUGGAGCCCUCGACUCAUUUUUAAGGCAAAAUGAUGGGCAGUUCCCCGUGAUCCAGCUGGUUGGUAUGCUGAGAGGCAUCGCAUCUGGAAUGAGGUACCUGGCAGAGAUGAGUUACGUUCACAGAGACCUGGCUGCUCGCAACAUCCUGGUUAACAGUAACUUGGUGUGUAAGGUUUCCGACUUUGGCUUAUCUCGUUAUCUGGAGGAGGACACAUCUGACCCCACUUACACCAGCUCACUGGGCGGUAAAAUCCCAGUACGUUGGACAGCUCCGGAGGCAAUUGCCUAUAGGAAGUUCACGUCAGCCUCAGACGUUUGGAGUUAUGGGAUUGUCACAUGGGAGGUGAUGUCAUACGGUGAAAGGCCUUACUGGGACAUGAGUAACCAAGAUGUAAUCAACGCCAUUGAGCAGGACUUCCGGCUGCCGGCUCCUAUGGACUGUCCAACAGUGCUUCACCAGCUGAUGCUGGACUGUUGGCAAAAAGACAGGAACGCACGGCCAAAGUUCCCGGAUGUUGUCAACAUGCUGGACAAAAUGAUCCGCAACCCUGCGUCCCUGAAAGCCGGUACCAACAACGUUGCUCCGGGCCCGUCCCAUCAUCCUUUGUUGGAUCGUGGUGCUCCAGAUUUGAGCAGGCUGAGCUCUGUAGAGGACUGGCUGGCUGCACUGAAGAUGACCCAGUACAGAGACUCCUUCCUGGGAUCAGGCUUCACCUCCUUGCCGCUCGUCACUCAAAUCACUGCAGAAGACCUCCAGAGGAUCGGAGUGUCUCUGGCAGGACACCAGAAGAAAAUUCUUACAAGCGUUCAGUCAAUGAGACACCACAUCGACGACCAGUCUCCGACUGAAUCUGUGUAAUUGCCAUCUUCAAAACUGGUUGGUCUCCAGUCUUCAGGCUAUUGAGUGGUUCACCUUUGCACGCUUUUUUUUAAGCAAUGAUUGCAGCUGUGCACACCUACUGUCCACUUGGUCCCUUUCCUUUUAUAAUCAGACUUAUCUUUUAUUCUCUGCUCUUCCAUUUAGCAUCAAAGAUCAAUACCAACUUAGGAAGCCAUUACAAUUACAUUUGCAAGAGCCAAUGUACUGUAAGGUCAGCAUGAUCUUGAAGUGGUGGAAUAACGACAGGCAUCUUUCCAAACCCUGAUCUGAUCUUCCCCAAAAAGACUGUGAUAUAAAAACGUGUUUCCCGUUGUCUAUCUUUCCACAACUGAACAGUUUGCUACAUAAGCAGGAAUCACACCAACGUAAGAAAAUGUCCAUGAACAAAUGUGUGGUGGAGUGUGAACAACAAAAACAGGCCAAAAAGCCUUUUUAAGUGUUUCUUGUGUACAACUCUAUAAAAGACUACUUAAUUGUCUCUGUGACAACUCCCACGGUUGAAAGAACCCAAAGUUUAAAGGGACUGUGUCAACCUAUCUUCAUAUUGAAGAGUCUGUACAUAUUUGCCUAAGGGAUGUUUAUUUCCUAUUUCCUGAUUUGUUGAUAAUUAUUUAUACCGUUCUUUUCCGAAGAAAAAUGAAACAAAAAGGCUUCAUACAACACCUGGUUAAAAAAAUGUAAUCACUUGACUUGGAGGGUGAAUGUAAAGUGGUUUAAUUUUGAAGAAAAAAAAACAGAUAGCCUAUGUGACACAAAACUACAGUCAUUUCAACUGGCAACUGUCUGAAACACUAAAAGGAAACACAAGAACACAACGUGGUCAUCAGUAACAGUUUCACUUUGACAUGUGUCAUGGCUUGAUAGGAAUCACAGCUCCAACACCAGAAACGUUGAUUGAAAUAAAGAAGAAGAAUAUCAAACUUCUUCAAGAAUGUAAAGGAUGUUGAUUGUUCAGUCAGCUGUUUGUAAAAUCUGGGCCAAAUACAAACUAUAUUUCUCACAAAGACAAAUUCAAAAGACUUUGAAAUAAGAUUUAAAUUUGAUUCUAGAUUUGCCAGUAUAUAUUUUUUAAUUUUAAUCAUAAGUUUGAAGAAAUAUUUCACAAAUAUUCUUCAUCAGAAAACAGAAGCUAAAAUGAAGAAUUAAAUUAAAAUGUAUUUAUUAUUCUUUACAAUAAAAAAAAAAAAUACUUGAACAUUGAUUUAAAAUGUCAGGAAAGAAAACGAAGGAAUUUAAAAGGUAAAAAGGUAUAUGUGUUUGAAAAUCCUAAAAUAAUUUUUAAGGUUGUAUUUUUUCUCUAAAAUGGUCUUUCUGAAAGUUACAAGAAGCAAAGUAAAAAAAUAGAUGAAUUUAUUUAAACAAAUAAAGACUAAGUCUUUAAAAUAUUUUCUUGGAUUUUUAAAUUCUAUUUGAGUUUUGUCUCUCUUAGAAUUAAAAAUGUCGAGCAAAGCGAGACCAGCUUGCAAGUAAAUAAAUACUAUUAAAAAAAAUAGAGGCAGCUCACUGGUAAGUGCUGCUAUUUGAGCUAUUUUUAGAACAGGCCAGCGGGCUACUCAUCUGGUUUUUGCGGACUACCUGGUGCCCGCAGGCACCGCGUUGGUGACCCCUGCCUUAGACUCUGCCAGCUGUUUUAAAAGGUGCAACAAAGUAGUGUUGUCGUGUUUUUUGUUUAUGACUCCACAAUAAUUUCCCCCAGAAUUUAGGGAUUCCAAGUGUUUUACUGUUGACUGAAACUUCCAAACGACAACAUUUUUUUUUAUUAUAAUUUUUUUUUGUGUGUGUUUCUUAAAGCCAGAAAGUUGCCGUUUGACGGAAGCUUUGUGUCAUGUCGGCUAUCUGCCUUUUUUUCUGCAAAGUCAAACAACUGAAAGAACAUUCUCCAAGUCUGGUGAUUCCAUCCCUUUUUCAGGAGUUGUAGUUUUUUCGACGCAUUACGUGACGCCAUGAUCAGACCACCUCUUCCAUGCAAGGAGCUCGCAAGGCCUGGCCUGCUUAGACAAGUAAUUCAUUAAAUUAGCCCAAGUAGGGCCGAAGUGGGGCUAAUUAUAUAUCAGAAAAAGGAAGUACUUGAUAUUAAUAAAAAAACGGAACGAUCACAGCAGGUUGGAAGGAGGGACAGAAAAAAUUAAGGAAGUGAUUAAAUCGACUGAAUUAUAGCAUGCACACAAUACAUGAUUGUGUGAUUUGCUACAAAAUCUGCACCUGAACACGCCACAAGUAACACGGGCAUCUGCUGUCAAAUCCCAUUUCUUCCACUCAUGUACAGCUUCCAUCCAAAGAGGUAUGAUCAUUCUUUUUACUAGGCAGGAGGAGGCCUUCGCAUCAAACAGUAAUUUUCUACUCACGAGCCACCCGAUUGUUAGUCAAUCAAUAAGGAGUUGUUCUUUUUUUACAGUAAUUUAGCACAUUUAUUCAAUAUAAAAACAUCACUUGCACAUAAGUAUUCACAGCCUUUGCUCUAUACUGUGAUGAUAGACCUUUGGCAGCAAUUAUAGUCUUAAGUCUUUUUUAAUACGAUCCCAUGUGUACAGAUACAAUCUGGAAAAAGCAACAACGCUUCCCUUCCAACCUGAUGGAGCUUGAGAGGUGUUGCAAAGAAAAAGUGGGGAAAGAGUAACAGGCCCAAAGAUAGGUGUGCCAAGCUUGUGGCAUUGUAUUCAAAAAGUGUUGAAGCUGUAAUUUCUGACAAAGGUGCAUAUUGAGCAAAUGCUGUGAAUACUUAUGUACAGUGGGGCAAAAAAGUAUUUAGUCAGCCACCGAUUGUGCACGUUCUC